CACAAAUUUACACACCAACUCCCAGAAUUCACUUCUACGCACUUUAAUGUAGGCUAUGUCACUUCACUCUGUUAUUUGUCUCCUCCUCAUUCUGCCCUUGCAGCACAGAUUUAUGAAAUAAAAGAUCAGCGACGGUACGUCGUUUCUUCACAUGCCUCGAUGUGUUAUGAUUUCCAACUAAACGUUCUUGAACCACCAAGUGGUUGGAUUUACGAGUCAAGAGAAGUCAAGAGACGAAGUUUAUGAGGCGUCAGUGAACGCAGCACAGGGCUCCGUAUUUUUUCUUUCUCCCUGCAGUAGAGGGGAGGGAAAAGGGGGGUAUUUGACUCCUGUCUCCCCACCCCCAGUUCGUACGAGGUGGAUUUAGGAAGAAAGGAACCAAAACCUGGGACGCGGAGAUAACGAGAGACACCAACAUUGGGAGAUCCGCGCGCGGCGGUGUCGCGCACGGAUUAUUAUAGGGUAUUUUAUUUUUCUUUCACUGAGGAAAUUCUGGCUCAGAGCGUCUGAUCUGAGUGAAAAGGAAUACAAACGCACGGGGAAUGAUAGGAGUAUUUUAAACUCGCUCCCUCCGUUAACAAGUGACUGCUGCGCCGUUGAAGAAAGUGGGAUAUAACGGUUGUUUCUACCGUCAGGGAUGCGAAGUAACAGUUUCUGAGCGAAUACGACCGCUCACCCACAAAGAACGGGGAUUUUAAAAGCUGUCCCCCGUAAACCAACUAGGGGGGGUAGUCUCAGAAACACUUUCCCCACGUCGUUGAAAGUACCAAGCCGUCCUGCGUGAAGACCCCAACCUUCCCUGUGCAGUCAGGGCCUCGGCUCUCUAGCCAGGUCAAAGAUCCGUCCCACCCCACCCCUCCCUGUCCCCCUAUCCCCACUGGAGCCAAGAUGGCCACCAGCGGUGCCCCUCGCCUCUCCUUGCCACUCCUGCUGCCUGUCACCACUUUGCUGCUAUCACUGCUGCUCACCGGCUCCCACGCCUUAUCACCACCACGGUUCACUAAAGUUCCAGUCGACCAGAUUGGUGUCUCAGGGGGCGUGGUCUCUUUCGUGUGCCAGGCGACGGGCGACCCCAAGCCAAGGGUGAGCUGGAACAAGAAAGGCAAGAAGGUCAACUCCCAGCGUAUAGAGACCAUCGAGUUUGACGAGGGUGCCGGCGCCGUACUCAGAAUCCAGCCCCUCCGUGCGCCACGUGAUGAGAACAUCUAUGAAUGCGUCGCUGAGAACAGCGAGGGCGAGAUCACCGUCAAUGCCAAGUUGUCCAUCAUCCGAGAGGACCUACUGCCACCAGGCUUCCCUAACAUCGACAUGGGCCCUCAACUCAAAGUGGUGGAGCGCACUCGAACAGCCACCAUGCUCUGUGCUGCCAGUGGCAACCCUGACCCGGAAAUCACCUGGUACAAAGACUUCCUGCCCAUUGACCCCAGUGCAAGCAAUGGGCGGAUCAAACAGCUACGCUCAGGUGCCUUGCAGAUUGAGAACAGCGAGGAGACCGACCAGGGGAAGUACGAGUGCGUGGCGUCUAAUGUGGAAGGCGUGCGCUACUCGUCCCCUGCUAACCUUUAUGUGCGAGAGCUUCGAGAAGUCCGGCGGGUGCCUCCUCGCUUCUCCAUUCCACCAACGAGUCAGGAAAUUAUGCCCGGAGGCAGUGUGAACAUAACAUGUGUGGCAGUGGGCUCGCCCAUGCCUUAUGUCAAGUGGAUGCUGAACUCAGAGGAUUUGACACCAGAGGAUGAGAUGCCAGUGGGCAGGAAUGUUCUCGAACUGAGCAGCGUUCGUGAGUCAGCCAACUACACCUGCGUGGCCAUGAGCAGCCUUGGCAUCAUUGAAGCUGUGGCGCAGAUCACUGUUAAAUCUCUCCCCAAGCCUCCAGGUACCCCUGUGGUUACUGAAACUACUGCCACCAGUGUGACCAUCACCUGGGACUCGGGCAACCCAGACCCAGUGACAUACUAUAUCAUCCAGUAUAAAGCCAAGUCCCCAGACAGCAAAUAUGAGACGGUGGAUGACAUUACAACUACACGUUACAGCAUUGGUGGCCUCUACCCCAACACAGAGUAUGAAAUCCGCGUCUCAGCCGUCAACACAAUCGGCCAGGGUCCUCCCAGUGAGCCAGUAGAAACCCGGACUGGCGAACAGGCCCCUGCAAGUCCACCACGAAACAUCCAGGCCCAGAUCAUAUCUCAAAACACCAUGAUGGUGCGCUGGGAAGAGCCCGAGGAGCCCAAUGGGCAGAUCAAAGGUUACCGUGUUUAUUACACCAUGGACGACUCCCUGCCCAUGAGCCUCUGGCAGAUCCAUAAUGUCCAGGACAGCAUCAUUACCACUAUCCAGAGUCUGGUUCCUCAGGAGACAUAUACAAUCAAAGUCCUAGCAUUCACUUCCGUAGGAGAUGGACCCUUCUCAGAGCCCAUUCACGUCAAAGUAUUACAAGGAGUUCCAGGUCAGCCAUCUAAAUUCCAAGUUGGUGCUGUUUCUGACACCAGUAUUGAACUGACCUGGGAACCUGCCUAUGAGAAAGAAGGAAUUAUAAAUUAUGAACUUCGCUACAUGGAUCGCAGUUUGGGCACCCAGUUGAAGAAAACAUUUCCACCCACAUCUUCCUACGUUGUGCAAGGUCUCCGCCCAAACACAGAGUACCAGUUCUCCCUGGCAGCCGUCUCCAAUAAAGGCAUCGGAGCAUUCACAAACGACUUAUUACAGAAGACCUCACAAGCCAAGCCCUCAGCCCCCCCUCAAGACAUUAAGUGCAGCAGCACCAGCUCCACCUCCCUGCUGGUAAGUUGGCGUCCCCCGCCUUUGGAGAGCCAGAACGGUGUCCUGGCGGGGUAUAGGGUGCGCUACCAGGUGGUAGGCCUGUCAGAAGGUGGCAGUGACGACAGCGAGCCCAUGGAGGAGCCCACAGUUCCUGCUACUGAAGAGCAGGCGCUGCUGCAGCGAUUGGAGAAGUGGACACAGUACCAGAUCACUGUGUCUGCCUUCACUGCGAUUGGGCCAGGCCCUGAGAGCGAGCCCCUGAUCUGCCGCACCGACGAAGACGUCCCUGGGGCUCCUCCAAGGCGGGUGGAGGUGGAGGUCCUAAACUCCACCGCAGUGAAGGUGAUGUGGCGAUCCCUUACGCCAGGCAAGCAGCACGGUCAGAUCCGUGGCUACCAGGUUCAUUAUGUACGUGUGGAAAAUGGGGAGUCAAGGGGCCGGCCCCUCAUCAAGGACGUCAUGCUGGCCGAUGCCCAGUGGGAAACGGACGAUACAGCUGAAUAUGAAAUGGUCAUUGGAGGACUCAAGCCAGACACCACUUACUCCAUCACAGUGGCUGCAUACACCACCAAGGGGGAUGGAGCCCGGAGUAAACCCAAACUGGUGGUGACCAAAGGGGCAGUGCCUGGUCCGCCCUAUCUGUCAGUGGCUCAGGACUCAGAAUCAUCAGCUGUGGUUCGCUGGGACCCUCCAGAUCUCACCAAUGGCAUGGACCUGCAGGGAUACCGGCUCCAGUUUGGCCGGAAGGAUGUCUCCCCUCUGUCCACACUGGAAUUUGUGCCCCAAGAACGACAGUACUCUGCGAAUAACAUUCACAGAGGAGCCACCUAUCUCUUUAAAAUCUCAGCCAAGAGCAGGGGGGGCUUUGGGGAAGAGGCUGUGGUGGAACUCAGUGUGCCCGAGAAAACGCCAGGGGGAUACCCUCAAAUUGAUGAGAGCUCCAACGUGACAUGCUGCUCAGUGCAGCUGUCUUGGUCUCCACCCGUGCUGGCGGAGAGAAACGGGGUAAUUACAGAGUACACUUUGGCCUAUCAGGAAGCCGGCACCGGAGGAGCACCACGGGAGCUCCGCUUGCCCCCCAGCCUGUCCAGCUAUGUGCUCAACAGCCUCAAACCAAACUCGGCGUACGAUGUGAAAAUUCGUGCACACACCAGUGUAGGUCCAGGGCCCUACAGCCCGCCUAUCCAGUAUCGGACGGUGGCCUUUGAUCCAACAGAUGUUCCAAAGAAUUUUACUGUCAAGUGGGCCACCAAGACCACAGUGGUUCUUGCAUGGAAGUUUUCUGAAAACAGAUCUCCGUACAAAUGCACGAUUGAGUACAACCGUCAGAGGAUGGAAGUAGAUGCCACAAAGAUGAAGGUAUACAUCACUGGGCUAAAGCACAACACGACCUAUGAGUUCAGGGUGACCUGCCAAGAAAGCAUGGAUGGUGGACCAAGACACAGAGUGAUUGCCAAGACCGCACCACUCAUCCUGGUCAAGAAACCCAAGCUGGACAUCUACAGUGAACCUGACAACAUGCCCACCAUGUCCUUCCCACCAGUUGAUAACAAGGAUGUCAAGAACUUUUAUGUGGUUGUGGUACCACUUAAGAGGACACCAGGAACGGUCAAAAAUCUGAAGAACCCUGAUGAGAUGGACAUGGAAGAGCUGUUGCAGGAUGUGACCCCAAAGCGUCGUUCACGCCGUCAGCUGGCUCAACUGGACCAGAGAAAACCCUACAUCACAGCCUGCUUCAGGCAGCUGCCUUCUAGCUUCACAGUGGGAUCUGACCACCGCCUCAACCUCUGUGAGAACAAGCCUCUUGAACCAGCCCAUGAAUAUGUCUUCUUCCUGCUGGCUGAACUCAAUGCCACCAAUGGGAAAAUGUUUGCUGCCAGCCCUUAUACUGACACAGUGAUGACUCCCAACCUGAUGGUGGAUCCUCUGCCAGUUGAGACUGGCGAUGGACUCAUAUGGGUGGUGGGCCCGGUCCUGGCUGUGGUCUUUAUCAUCUGCAUCGUCAUUGCCAUUCUCUUGUAUAAAAACAAACCUGACAGCCGCAAAAGAAAAGAGUCAGAGCCACGGACAAAAUGUCUGCUGAACAAUGCAGACAUUACACCCCACCAUCCCACGGACCCUGUGGAGAUGAGACGCAUCAACUUUCAAACUCCAGAUUCUGGUCUAAGCAGUCCUCAGAGUGAAGCAGAUUUUGACUAUGAAAGUAUGAUGAAUCAUCCACCCAUCCCUAUCUCAGAGUUGGCUGAACACACAGAGCUUCUCAAGGCCAAUGACAAUCUCAAGCUCUCCCAGGAGUAUGAGUCUAUUGAUCCAGGCCAGCAGUUCACCUGGGAACACUCCAACCUGGAGGUGAACAAGCCCAAAAAUCGUUACGCCAACGUCAUCGCCUAUGACCACUCCCGCGUCAUCCUGGCUCCCAUCGAGGGUAUCACAGGCAGUGACUAUAUCAACGCCAACUACAUUGAUGGCUACAGGAAGCAGAACGCUUACAUCGCCACCCAGGGUCCGUUACCGGAGACGUUUGGGGACUUUUGGAGGAUGGUGUGGGAACAGAGAGCGGCCACAGUGGUCAUGAUGACCAGGCUGGAGGAGAAGUCACGGAUUAAGUGUGACCAGUACUGGCCCAGCCGUGGCACAGAAACCUACGGUAUGACCCAAGUGACCCUGUUGGACACCAUAGAACUGGCCACCUUCUGCGUCCGCACUUUCUCCUUACACAAGAAUGGCUCUAGUGAGAAGCGGGAGGUUCGUCAGUUCCAGUUCACUGCUUGGCCUGACCACGGCGUACCUGAGUACCCGACCCCCUUCCUGGCCUUCCUCCGUAGGGUGAAGACCUGCAACCCACCUGACGCUGGACCCAUCAUUGCCCACUGCAGUGCGGGUGUUGGCCGAACGGGUUGCUUCAUCGUCAUCGAUGCCAUGCUGGAGCGUAUCAAGCAUGAGAAGACGGUCGACAUUUACGGCCACGUGACGCUCAUGCGCUCACAGCGGAACUACAUGGUGCAAACAGAAGACCAGUACAGCUUCAUUCAUGAUGCACUGCUGGAGGCAGUGGCCUGCGGCAACACUGAAGUGGCUGCCCGGAGCCUCUAUUCCUACAUCCAGAAGCUGGCCCAGGUGGAGAGUGGCGAGCAUGUCACUGGCAUGGAGCUAGAGUUCAAGCGUUUGGCCAAUUCCAAAGCCCACACGUCGCGCUUCAUCAGUGCCAACCUUCCCUGUAACAAGUUCAAGAAUCGGCUGGUCAACAUCAUGCCCUACGAGACCACUCGUGUCUGCCUGCAGCCAAUCAGAGGCCUUGAAGGAUCUGACUACAUCAAUGCCAGCUUCAUUGAUGGAUACAGGCAACAGAAGGCCUACAUUGCAACGCAGGGCCCUCUGGCAGAGACUACAGAAGACUUCUGGAGAAUGCUCUGGGAGAACAACUCUACCAUUGUAGUCAUGUUGACCAAACUGAGAGAGAUGGGACGGGAGAAGUGUCACCAAUACUGGCCAGCGGAGCGCUCUGCCAGGUACCAGUACUUUGUGGUUGAUCCCAUGGCGGAGUACAACAUGCCUCAGUACAUCCUCCGAGAGUUCAAGGUCACAGACGCCAGGGAUGGCCAGUCCAGGACUGUAAGGCAGUUUCAGUUUACUGAUUGGCCAGAGCAAGGCGUGCCCAAAUCUGGGGAGGGAUUCAUUGAUUUUAUCGGCCAGGUGCAUAAAACCAAGGAGCAGUUUGGACAGGAUGGACCUAUCUCUGUCCACUGCAGUGCCGGUGUGGGCAGGACCGGAGUCUUCAUUACCCUCAGCAUCGUCCUGGAGCGAAUGCGCUACGAAGGCGUGGUUGAUAUCUUCCAGACAGUGAAGAUGCUCCGAACACAAAGGCCAGCCAUGGUCCAGACUGAGGAUGAGUACCAAUUCUGCUAUCAUGCAGCUCUGGAGUAUUUAGGAAGCUUUGAUCACUAUGCAACGUAAAAAGCCAUCUCUUCCCCCCAGAAUCCUGUCGCCCCCCCCCAACAGUCUCCUGAGCCAUAGAAACUUUGAAAUUUGAGAUGAUGACAGCAGACACUGACAAUACCAUCGCUAAUUUAAACACACCAAACGGGAUCCUAUUGUAGAUUUUAGAAGACGACGCCCAACCAAGCAGUUUAGAGUAAUUUAAAUUGACUAAAAGACCCUUCAUCAGGAAAAUUGCCCAUCAUCCAGAAAAGAAAAUCCUCAUCAGGGGAGGAACCAGACGCUGUGGCUCAAGCUGUGGGGUGGGAAUCGAUCAAAGUGUCAGACUGCUUACCUUACCUCAAGUGUUUCAAUGUGGAGGACAUUGUAAACAUCUGUGGACAUUUCUCUUCUCAAAAAUAUCUUGGUGAUACAACGGUAACAAGCAACAGAUAGAGAUGGAGAAGAUGUAGAAGGCAACAGCAAAAAUCAAUGAGAGGCAGAUGGAUGUAGCCAAGCUGAGGUGACGUUCUUGUUUUUUGAUAUGCCUGAGUGUAAGAGGGAGUUCAAGUAUUUCUAUCAACACUUUUUUUGUGAGUACUAUCCAGAGAAAAGACCAAAUUGUGAUUGCCUGUGUGAACACCAAUGGUUUUCCCCAAACUCUACCAGGACAAAAAAUUCAAAACAGUUGAAACUAGCACGAGAACAGUACCAUUUGGCAUCAAAUACAGUUUGUUUUGGGGGUUUUUUAAUCACCGUCCCACUAAUAAUAUGCAUUGAAGUAUACAUCACAUGUUCUCAAGCACUAAAAGCUUAAAGAAGGGACAUUGGUCAGUCGGUAGUUGCUGGGAAGAAAGUGGCAGCGCGUAUUUUAAGAUCAGUUACUUACAUUAAUUGUGAACUCAUGUAAAAUCAGUAAUCCCAAGCCAGGUAACCACAGCGAUAUUGAAAAGUACCACAUUGUAUUUGAAAAGUGCCCCAGGAGGCUCGUGUCUCGGUCAACAGAGAAAUCAUUGGAAAUCCCCGGCUGUUGCAAGAAGUUGCGGCUGGAUCGUCUUGUGAAUGGACAAGCCGGGAGUAAUAGCAACCAUGUUCCUUGAUUUUUUUCUACAGUCACUCCUCUCUUUGGAACCAUUGCAUCAUGGGGCUUUGGUGUUAACAUCCACCAUUAUGAACAAGACAUAAAUCUGGUGGGCAAGGAACUUUGGAACAAACAGAACAACCAAACAAGGAAUGCCGCAAAGUUGGGGCUUUCUUUGUAUACAGUGACCAACACUCAUCAUCGUUGUUUCGAACUUUUCGUCUUAUGAGGACUUUUCUUUUCCAAUUUUAUUUUCUGUCGAAACCAAACAUGCUGCUUAUCUCGUGUAUGCUGUACAUGUGACUCUUGAGGGAGAGUAAACUGACGAACAAAAGAUGCCAGCUCUGCUAACCGCUCACGCCCAGUUGGGCAUGACUGAAAGCGCAUCCACACGACAACAUCGUCCACAGGUCCACCUCUCCAUUUUUUUCCACCCUCCUCUAUAAUCAUGUAUUUCAUCAUAUAAGACACUCAAGAGUGGCAGAGGCCUGUUGCAGUUACAAAGCUUUAUGUUCACGUGGUUGAAAUUUUGGCCUUUAGUUCUACUGUAUGUUUGUAACAGGUGGAUAAACAAAGUAGUUGCUUUGGUUUUUGUCCUCGGUUUUAUAGAUGAUGUCUCUGUGGAUGCCACAGCCAGACCAGGCAGCCAUGUUGGAGCUCAAUGCCAUGACAUGAUAAUGAAGUUCUUCGGUACAAGUUACUUGCACAUCCCUAAGGAAAAAAAGAAAAGAAACUUGAAACAGAUACUCCAACUAACCAAGGUUGGAUUUGACGCACUAAUGUUCAUGUGUCAGAUUUAAAAAAAAAAAAAUUUAAAAAAUGAAAAUCAAGCUUUUGACAUCACCAGGUUUUCAUUUUGAGAUCAGUCUUUUGGUACAGAUGAGGUGUACGGAUUCUGUGAAGAUGGGUGUGCACAAAAACCAGAGUUAUGGACAGAACUGUGUGUAAUCUUUUCUUAUUUCCAAAAAAGCCUUAUUGUUAUUGUAACAUUAUGAAAUCAUUAAUGUUGUAUUAUGACAGCUUAUUUUAAAUUACAUAGUUGACUUUUUAUUUUCUUUUUGGUUUAGUUUUUUAACAGAGAUGUAUCACAUUUUUUUAAAAUUAGCAGGAAAAGAUAAAUGCUUAUUUGUUCAUAUUACGUUUAAAGACAUUCUAUUUUUUCACUGUAGAAAUGUUAAGUAUAACAUGUCUGUGCGCACGUGUGCAUAUAUGUGUGUAUAGAUUUAUAUAUAUAUAGAUGUAUAAAUCUAUAUAUAUAUACUGCACACUCACACAUGCAUAUAUAUUUAAAUGCAGAAUAUAAAGAUAUAUCCAAACACUUAAACACUUAGCAUUAAUUCAGUUUUUCUCCUCAUCAUCUUUUUUUAAUACAAGCCAGUGCUCAUGUUUGAAAAUAUGAGUUUUUAUUAGUUUCUUUUUGUUUGUGUGUUUGUUUUUUGUAAUCUUAGAGACCUUGUGUGAUUCUUGAGAAAAAGCAGAGGUAAUGUCAGCACUAUGCCUGAAUCCUUUGUCUCCACUCACCCAUUUAACAUCUACCACCAGGUAGAUCCUGGGCCGAUGAGGAGAUGCCAUUUUUAAACCUUGUCGAGAUUCUUUAUUAUCAUUAACUUGUAGGCAUUGUAGUAUUCUUUCUUUUUUUUCUGAAUGAUGAACUGGUUGACAAAAUAUCUAAUAUCAAAUUUCAUAAUCACGUUUUUUGUUAACUUUGUUAGCCCUACUUGACAUAAUGUACCUUGUAUGAUCAUGUACAGACUAAGACCCCUGCAGUUUUUAAAGAAAUAAGUAUUUCUCUUUUUUCUUUUUUUUACAUCUUUUAUUUUCAGACAUAAUGUGGUCAUUCAUUUUGUUAGAUAUCCACUAUGAUCUAGAAUAUACCUGUAAAUAAACAAAUAUAUAGAUUAUAUGUAUUUGUAUCAUUUGACCCUCAAGAUCUCAUACUUCAAGUGCGAACAGAAUCAUAAAGAUGGAGGUUCUGCUCAUUUCUGACUUUCUGGUAUUUGUAAAGGCUGUUUUCUCUCCCUCUGAAAAGUUCUUUCUCCAGCCCUUCUCCCUUCUUGUAUUUGAUUACCGUUUGCUUUUUUUUCUGUUUUUAAUUUCCCCUGCUAGCAGUUAAACUGAGAAACAAUUCACAUCCUGCUCUCACACCUAUAGCCUCAAUGAGAGCAUGAAAUCAACAUCAGUGAUCUGGUGGUAUAAUUUAGCUGAGGAUGAGAAGUCAGUCCACUCCACCGACUAAGCAUCUGAUUCAGUAAUCGAUCUUCAAUUCAAAAUCUUGUUAUACUCUCAUUCAAAACUCUUUACUGCCCCUGCACUAACAGAAGUCUGCUAUAGAUAAGAUGGACUUUUCUCUUUCACACCGUGGAACUAAAUAACCUGAGGGGCUCAUUAAUUGGACAUCCAAAAUCUCCAAUUGGAACAACAAAGAAAUUACAAAGGUGUAGAUUCUUAAUUUCUCUGCUACUGUGGGAAACAAUAGCACCCAAAGGUGAUCUCCAUUCCUUAAAAGUUUCGUACAAAUCAUCAGAGGCUCUCCAGCUGUCCAACUGCCUAAAAUGCCGAGGUAUUGUCCAUAAAUUCAGUUUGCUGACGGACAAAUGCAGGUACGCUAAAGGCCAUAAAUAGUUAAGUUGCAACAUAAUGUGUUGGUUUAUUUUCGCCCUGUUGCAUUUUAAACGUUACAUAGAACCAUACUCUGUGUUUUUGGUUAGCCAUGUUUUGUUGUGGGAUGCAGAAAGAUAUCAGUGCAGUGCAACCAAGGGAAGGCCAAGACAACCAAAAACUUGCUGCAAAUUCACCUUUCCAGCACAUCAUUUCUGAACAGUGGGAACCUUGAGAUGUUUCACAAGGAACUAAAAUCCCUAAACUGCAGUCUUUUGGAACUUAAAAAGACUGGUAAAGUCGGCCCAUGCCAAAACUGUCUUUGGAAGUCUUUGGAAACUUGUGUAAUGUGUUACUCUUUUGACUUCAUGUAAAGAUGCUAGACUUUUGAAAACAGCCACCAAAUUUACUGGAAUAUGUUGCAGAAUAUUUUGGGAGAGGGGGAGACUAACAAAAAACAACACUAACAAAAUAUGACUUCAAAAAGAACAGAACAUAUACAGUACAUAUGAUGAGAUGAAAAAGAUCCCAAACUCAGCAAAAUAAUUUUUUCUUUGUAUGAGGGCCAAGAGCUAUCACUUUCAAACUGUUACUUCUGACUGAAACAAUAAUUGGUUUAAAGCCACUGUGUAUGUAGAUAUGUUGACUUUGUAUUAAAGAAAUGUUGUCUGAAAA